GCGGUGUUUCGCGUGCUCCCGCUCCAUCUCAUCUCAUCGGAGGCAGCUGACGCGGCGCUGGGAGCUCGCGGCCACGAAAAGAGCUGGCGUGACACCGCGGUUGAGGUGGGGUUGGUAAACACAAACGAAACGUGGACGAGUUAGAAGGUGCUGCAGGCAUGGAGCGGAGGUGAGAGUGAAUCCACGGAUGGCCAGUUCCGCUCCUGCAGUGCACCAGCAUCAUGAUAAACUCCAUCCUACCACACACUCUGCUCUAGCUGCCCUUUAUCUAUCGCCAUGGUGAGAGAGAGAGAGCUCCUGGACCUUGAAUCUGUUGCCAUGGUGACCCUGUAGCAAGAACCCUUUAACUCCAAUCUGUUGCCCUGGUGAUCGCGUGAAAAGGACCCAGGUAACUAUUUCAAUCUGCUGCCAUGGUGAUUCUGUAGAGACGCCCUGUAAAGUCAUAGUCAGUUGCUAUGGUGAUCCUGUAGCAAGAAACAGUCGCCAUGGGAACGUCCAGGAUGUUCCGCAUUUUCGUCGUCCUGGGCUCGGCCUUCAUGAUCCUUCUGAUCAUCAUCUACUGGGACGAUGUCGGAGCGUCCCACCUGUAUUUGCACACUCCCGUCUCGCCGGGUCCCAAAAUCCCACACCCCGCACCCCCGCAGCCGCCUCAAACCUCCCGAACCCCGUCCUUCCUGUCGGACAUCGAUGCCUUCGUUAACCAGUUCUUAGAGCCAGGAACUGGUGAGCCCACAGACCCCGCCCCUGCAGACUCAAGUAACCAAUCAGAGAAAGCAGAAGAACGGUACAUACCGCGGCGGGAGUGGAAGAUUCACCUGACUCCAGUGGCAGCAGAGCUCCGUGAGAGACAGGAGCGGCGGCGGAGGUUACUGCAGGAGAUGUGCGCUAAUGACAGCGUGGUGUUUCCUGGCAAAAACCGUUCGUUUGACGACAUUCCCAACAAAGAGCUGGAUCACCUUAUUGUGGAUGACAGGCACGGUAUUAUCUACUGUUAUGUUCCCAAGGUAGCGUGCAGUAACUGGAAGCGCAUUAUGAUUAUCCUCAGUGAAAGCCUGCUGCGGGACGGUGUUCCCCAGAGAGACCCGUUGGCCAUCCCCAGGGACCUGGUCCACAACAGCAGCAUGCACUUUACCUUCAAUAAGUUCUGGAAACGUUAUGGAAAGUUUGCAAAGCACCUCAUGAAGGUGAAGCUGAAGAAGUACACCAAGUUUCUUUUUGUGCGGGACCCCUUUGUGCGCCUCAUCUCUGCCUACCGGAAUAAAUUUGAGCUGCGCAAUGAGGACUUCUAUCGGCGCUUUGCUCAGGUCAUGCUGCGUCGCUAUGCCAACCAGCCGACGCCUCCUGCCUCUGUGGAUGAGGCGUUCGGUGUGGGUAUCCAUCCCUCUUUCUCCCACUUCGUCCAGUACCUCCUGGACCCUCAGACAGAGAAGGAGAUGCCCUUUAAUGAGCACUGGCGGCAGGUAUAUCGGCUUUGCCAUCCAUGCCAGAUUCAGUAUGACUUUGUGGGCCACCUGGAGACUGCAGAGGAGGACGCCGAGCACCUACUACGCCAGCUGCGGGUGGACAAUGUGGUGGAGUUCCCCACCUCGCAUAGGAACCUCACAGCCAGCAGCUGGGAGGCUGAUUGGUUCAGCACAGUGCCUGUCGAGGCACGGAGAGAACUCUACAAGCUGUACGAACCUGACUUCAGGCUCUUUGGCUACGACAGACCAGAGUCGAUCCUCAAUGAAUGACUCAUGUUUCUACAGAACUGACCCAGCCACACACAGACACAAUGUUUUUUAUGCCAUGAAUUAAUGCUUCACACGCAGUGACACUUCCCCUUUGUUCUGGGCUUUGCAGAUGUGUUCUCCAGUCUUGUCUAUUCUACACUGAAUGUGCACAUUAUUCCAGGACACUCGCUGCUCUAAGGAAGCACACUACCGAGGUGAAGCCACGCUAUUAUUGUCUUUCUUUUUAAAUCACAAAGAUAACAAGAAGCACACAAGUUAGAGUCAGACAGUUGGAUAGCAAGCGUCCUGAGAUGUUGCACAUACAGUGUAGUCUUUAAUUCAAAACUCCACGCUGAGUGCACUCCUAACUUCGAUGUCACUCCACGCCUGUCAUUUGUGAUGCCACAGUUUUAUUGUGACUAACUGUGAUAAUCACGCAGGCUCCGUAGCAGGAUGUUUGAAACCUCCACGAAGUGAUGUCACAGAGCCAUAGAGAGGCGAAAUCCCUCUUCUUCCGGUGUCCCCCAUGGGUGCUUGUUUCAUCUAGUCAGUGCCCCUAUCUAGAGCCAGUGUUUGGUUUGUCUGUUCUGGGCUACUGUAGAAACUGGAAAGAGGACCUGUACAUAAAAAUCAGAUCAAUCCAAGUUAACGAAAACACAUCUCUUAUUUUCAGGUGAUUAUACUCAGAUGAAAACAUACAUAUAAAUAUUAAAUUCCAUUUCUGCCAAUAGAUCCUCCUAAAUGUUACACACUAGUUUAAAAGAUAAUUUUGCAAGUCAAGUUUGUCAGCAGUACUAUUUAGUUUCAUGUGGAACUGUCACCUCGCACAAUAUAUGUUGCAGGUACCAACUUGAAAGUCCCUUGUAACGUUUUCUUACCUGAUGUGCAUAUGAUAUCCAGUAAGUCCUGGUCAUUUUAUCAGCCGACAGGGGAAAAUCCCAGUAGGAAACACACAGGCAUUGUAACUUGUGGAGAGAGAAAUGAGGUCACUUACUCUUGGGGACUUUUGGGUGUGUAGUCUUUCUAAUGUAUUUUCAGUCUUAUACUUCAGCAGUUUCACAAACAAACUGCAACUUUCUUGACUUGCAGUACUUACCUUUUAAAUUGUCAAACAUCAUAUGUGUAAUUCAUGGCACAAUUUGAACAGAUCAAAAACGUAAUCGCCAUUAACUUCCGUACGUAUUUUAUCCGAAAAGGAGUCCUGCGGUGGUCCACCGUAAGGGGAGGGACGUUGCUUCUCUGUACUCUAUGCUUGUGAUGUCAUAGAAACCCUUUAGGCUGUGACAGUGGACAGGAAAUGCAGGCGAAUAGGUAAAAUAAAGUGUUACUAGAUAGAUAGUUUUAAGUGUAGUUGCACUAGUGUUAGUAAUCAUCUUAUUUAUUUCACAUUGUGCAAGUGCAAUGUUUAUGUUAAGCAUGAAAGGGAUUUUUACAUUGAAAACAUACUUAUGACAGCUAUCAACAUCAGAAACAGAAUUAUUUUAUACCUCAUACACAGAUUACGAAGAUACUCAUGUUAUGUAACGCAUACUUAACAACAAACACUACUUCUUCAGCAUGGGGAAGUCCGUUAAGUUAUGUCAGUAGAAACAUUUCAGAUAAUAUUUUAGCAGCUUGUUUCAUUUGGCCUGUUGCACAGCAUGGUGUACAUGCCACACUGUAGCCUCAUCAUAUAGGAGCGUAGUGAACAGUAGACUGCGCAGCUGGAUUUGUCUCAGCUUGUCUUUGAGGCAUAAAACUGGAGUUUUAACAUUCUUUUGUUUCCAUCAGCAGGAUGUACACAGGUGAGCAUCUGUGUUUCAACAGACACUUUUCCAAAGGGAACUCAUUCUUAUUAUUUUACUGCUUGUUGUUACAGUGACAGUUUUAUCAUCGGUUGUGUUUUCACGCACAAUCUGCAGUCAUUAACACUGAACACUGGGUAACCCUGGAGACUGCAGCAGUGUCGUUGCCCCACCCCCCCAAAAAAACUGUAUUAAUAUGACAUUUUAUAAAGGCGGCAUUUUAAUGGGACGCAGUAUUUUGUAGCAAAGAGCUGAGCACAUUAUGUGACGCCAACAAGGAGCAAAGAUCACUCAUGAAGUUGGCUUGAUGCUAGCAUAUUAAGUACAACUGUUGGUGCAAGAUGAGUGUAUGGUCAGUAUUAGUGAGGUUCCAAGUAAAGGUUUGAUCAUGGUUAGAGUCAGGAUUAAUCAUCAUGAUCUGGGCGUGGAUUGGGCCACACGUUUUAUACGAGAAAAGUGGAAAGAUACUAAGAUAAGAUAGUGCCUUUGGUUGCAAACGUUUACACAGCAAAAAAGUAUUUUUGUAGAAGGACUUAAUUUUUACUUAGAACAUAAUACAGUGAGAGCUGUAUGAAACCACAACAAGGUAUAUUUGAUAUACUGGGCCUUGUUUAUCAUGUGUAAUUAUUAUUUGGAAAGAAAAGGGAACAACAGAGCCCUUCAGCAGAACUGACUUUAUAGGAAUGUGUAUGGUUCAUGACGCUGUGAGGACUCUGUCAGUGUGCAUGUGUCCAGUGGAUUGCUGUGUAACAUUUCAAUUGCAGGAUUACUGUGUGGUUUGUACUAUGUCUGAUGUCAUGGACAUGAUGUGUGCCACAUUAUUCUGCAAGUCACUAAGGUGUUCACACUAUUGAGUCAGUGUUGUCUCACUGCCUUCUAGUUUAUUUGUUUUGUAUAAGUGUACACAAUUUACAGUAUUUUACUGUGUUGUUUUUUAUUUUAAUCAGAUUUUGACUCCUUCGUGACUUAGUUUUAACUUGGACAGCCUGGAAUUAAUAUUAUUAUUAUAUAUAUGUAGCUGGUUUUCUGUCAUCAUCACUUGGUGCAUUUUUUCAUAUAGGUCUAAAUAACAGAAAAACAGGUAUAUGUUAAGCAAAAAAAACCUAUAUAUUGUGCACUCCCACCUCUCCAGUGUUUUGAUCGUCAGUCAGAUUUUCAUAUCUUUUGUAUUUUUGUUCUUUUGUUGUGUUUUUUUAUGUCCUGAUGUUAACCAUGGCAGCAAUGUUCUUGGCUGGUUUUUCUUUGAAAGUGCAAACAACAACACACUCACUUUUUGUAAGGUGGAAAGAUGCAUUUAUUUAUUGGCAGAAUAAAACUGAGUACAUGCUGCUUUUGAAAAGAGAAAAUCGGUCUUUGGGGUGUUAAUGGCUCUUUCCGAGGGUUAGAGUUAUUUGUGUAUCCACAGUGACCUGACGCUUCAACAGCAUUCAUACUUCGAACUACUUAAAUGUUGUUGAAGCUGCAGUGCCAAACCUUCUCCUACAUUUUGACCUCAUGCCAAUUCCUAACGUUGAAUAGCAUAACAGACCAAAAUACCCAAAUCUAUUUUUGUGAUUCAUUGUUUUGUAAAACAUAAAGCAGUUUGAUAAACGUGUUCCUUCUCUCAUAAACGGGAAAAAUUCUGUUUCAGUGUCAUGCAUCAUCUGGUCUUCUCUACAAGAGAAAUAAAGGUUGUGUGGCAUGA